AGGUUUGGGGUGGAAAUGCUACCUAAUUGGGUGGUGAUGAUCAUGAUACAAUGAUAAAUGCCGUGAAAUUCAAUGAGUUAAAAAAAGAAAUUGCUUGCAUAUCUACACCCUCGUCACAAACUCUCAGCAGAGGAGUUUAGGAAAGGAAGAGGUUGAGAAAUCAAGACAACACCCUCGUGGACAGUGACAUUCACAAAAAUAAAACACCUGGGAGUACAUUCUGACCCAGCAGGUCAAAGACCCGGAUUCGGAAAACUGAAAGAACUUGGUGAAAGACGCUGAAGGCAAUACAAAGAAAUGAACCGCUCAAGGAGUUCCCAUCGUGGCUGUGUGCUGUGCUGCGUUAGUGUCACGCUGCUGAGACUUGGCAUGGGGUUGGGGGUGAGCUGGAGCAGCCCAGAGGUACCCUUGGGGAGCUUGGUGGAAGGAGGAAGCCCGGCGAAGGGGACCCCAGGAAGUGACCUCACUUCCCUGGCAACAGAGCCCAACAGAACUUGGAACCUGGGUGGCCAGGCACCCAUUUCUCCAGGAAAGGACAGAGGAAGGAUGGACUUGCUCUGUUGCGCCCCCAUCUCCCGAGGCCGAAGCCGCAGGAGAGGGCCCAGAGGAGGAAACCUCAUCGAAAGCAGCAGACGAUGGAUCAGCACCCAGGGCAGACGCCUUCGGGCCUUUGCCCGCAGGGGCCCAGAGAGCCCCCCACCUGAGCCCCGCCAGGAGCUGGGCGAGGAAGGCAGAAGGUCUCCAGUUGAAACGCCCCCCAGGCCGCCCCCCAGGGGCCUCUCCCGAGCUCACAGGGAGCUCAGAACAUCCGGCUCUGAGACCGAGGACAGAGACCACCUGGGCCUGAGACCCCUGGAUGGCCUGGCCCCCCCUGAGGCCCAGCCUGAAGCUCCCGCAGGAGACCCGCAGCCAGAGGCCAAGACACCACCCGGGCAGGAAGAACCUGCAGCCUCUCUGGCCCCAGCCCCAGACACUGACGGGCAUUUUCCUCCACUGGAGGAAAACAGUUCUCCGGCUCCUGCAGGAGACCAAGGGCCACAGGAGAAUCCAGCAGCAGCCCUGCAGGAAGAGCCUGCACUGCCUGCUCCAGCGGCCCCUAGACUAAGUCCUGAGCUGGCUCAGGCAAGAGCCCCAGGCCAAUUUCCAAAACCCCCUUCCCCAAAGCCCCCUCCGCCCCUGCAAGUGCCCUCCCCAGCAGCUCCCCAAAAGCCCCACUCACCCUCUCCCCCUCCCGAAAUGUACUCUCCUUCCCCUCUCGCCAUUUGUCUUUGGAUGUGUAUUGAUUUCCUAUUUCUCUUCCAUGUUAUGUAUGGUGUAAUUUACUUUAUGUUUUAGAAAUAAAAUUUGCAAGUUGCA